UGAAAACACAAGGAGGAAAAAAAAAAAAAAGAGCAGCUUUAAUUGUGGAGAAGCAGAGAGAGAGAGAGAGAGAGAGCAUAAAGGGGUGACUGCCCAAUUUGUGCAAGGUAGAUAGGGUUAUUCUCAAUUUGCUUCCUCCAGUUUCUCUCCCUCCUCCCAAGUCACAAAGAGCAAAUCCCUCUGCGUCUCCAGAUUUGCUUUCCUUUCGCCGUCUCUUGAAACGCAGCAGGAAUCAAGAAACCUCUCUCAGAAUCGGAGAGUCGGGAUCGCCCUUCUUUCUCUCUGUGUUUUUUUUUUUCUUCUUUUCAUUUUUUUUUUUUUUGGCGUUUCGAUUCGAUUGGGUUCGAUGGUAUUCCCGUUUCCGCUGAUCUGAAUCAACCCAAUUCAAAGAGCAGCUGCAUGAGCUUCGUUUUGGGUUUCAAAGGCUUGUUAGAUUAGAUCGAUCGCGAGAGGGGGGGAGAGAGAGAGAGAGAAGCGAAGAAAGCAGACAGAUUUCUGCAAAACAUGUCUGCAAUAGUGUGUGGAAAGAGAUCUUUUUUUGAGGAAUUGAGUGCUGCACCGUCGCCCGUUGUUUCCAAGAGAAUCCGCUGCUCUUCCUCCCCGGUUCGCUUGUCUCCUCCGAGGCAGCAGUCGUCCUCUUCUCCUCCUCCUCCUUCCUGGCACCAACCGGGGUCGGUGGUCCUGAUCGAGGAGCUCGCCGCUAUCUUCCCUGAUAUGGACAAGCAGCUUCUUGAGAGAGCACUUGAAGAGAGUGGUAAUGACUUGGAUUCCGCUAUCAGAAGAUUGAAUGAACUUCGCUUGGGAUCUGCUGAUCCAAAUUUGGGUUCUGCUCUGGAUGGGUCUAAUGCAUCAGCAGAUGUCAAUGUCCAACUUCAGUCACAAGGGGGUGAAACAACUGCUGGAGAGGCAGGUUUAACGCAGGAUUCAUUAGCUGAAGAGACCUUAUCAAUUGAUGGGCCAGAAUGGGUGGAACUCUUUGUGAGAGAGAUGAUGAGUGCGUCCAACAUGGAUGAUGCCAAAGCCCGUGCUGCUAGAGCGCUCGAGGCAUUAGAGAAGUCCAUCUUGGCACGGGUUGGUGCAGAAGCAUCCCGGAACUUUCACCAGGAGAAUAUGUUGCUAAAGCAACAAGUAGAAGCACUGAUUCAGGAAAAUACAAUUCUCAAGAGAGCUGUGGCUAUUCAGCAUGAACGCCAGAAAGAACACGAAUUAAGGAGUCAGGAAUUGCAGCAUUUGAAGCAGGUGGUGUCUCAGUACCAGGAGCAGUUGAGGACUCUUGAGGUGAACAACUAUGCACUCACGAUGCACCUGAAGCAAGCUCAACAAAGUAGCUCCAUCCCUGGGCGUUUUCACCCUGAUGUGUUUUAGGGAACUGUGAAUCUGUUGAUUUGGGCUGUUGAUGUGGACUGUGGUCUAUGCACUCGAGCUAUCUUUCAAACGGUGCAAUUGGCCUGACGACAUGCAAAGGCUGUAAUCCUCCCAAUCAUCGGCAAUCAGCAGUGGGUGUCUUACAAGAUAAGUUAGCAAAACAUAGCAACUAGUUUGUUACAUUGUCACUCCUUUCUUUGUAUUUAAGCAGAUGAAAAUGGUAUGCAUGUUAUGCUAGUAAUUCAGUUUGUGUUUGUGUGUAAUUAUACAUGGGGAUUAUUGUUUCUGAAAGUUGCUGCAUCACUGCAAUAUCACAUUGUUUCAUGAA